GAGAGAGAGGGGGCUCCUGAGAAUCACCAGAGUUCACUGACAAGUCUUCGCAACCAAACCUGAAGGUCGGUGUAAAGUUGGGACUUCAGUGUCUCACCUAGGACAACAAAGCUGCAGUGAGCAAAUAGAACUCAGUGCUGAUAGUGAUGGCAUUCCUUGGCAUGUUGCCAUGAUCCAUGAAAAGGAAAAAUGUGUCUUGAUGCUGGAAGAAAAGGUAAAGAAACUGUCUCAUUUUGAGGCUGAAUCUUUAAGGAAGGAUGAUAUAAUUAAAAGCCUGCAAGCUGAAAUUACUGAUUUAAACCAGCAACUGAAAAAAGCCAGUGACAUUAAUACUAUAAAGUCACAGGCAGAGACAAUCAUUGCACUGCAAGAGAAGAUAGAAACAUUCAAAGAGAUGGAAGCUGAAAAUAAAAGGAAGGACAGUAUUAUUAAUAAACUGAGGGAUGAGAUAUGGCAACAAGGAUUGCAGAUCAGCCAUUUGAGAUUUGACAGCUCUAUUCACUUCUCUGACAGUGCCCUGGAGGAUACUUUUCGAAGCAUGACUAUAGAUCAUGAAUUGACAACUAGACCUGAGAUUUCAAAGGCAGUGGUGGAGAAACUGAGUGAGGAGAUGCUCGCACAAGAGGAAGAUGAAGCGGGGGAUGACAGCAUAAAAAUAGUCGUAAAUCAAAUGGAAGAUGAAGUGGGAGAAGAGGAAAUGAUGGACCUGGGUGCAAUGGCUCAUACACCAGAAUUUCUUGAUUAUGAUGAACCUAGUGAGGUUGAAGUAGAAGAUGAGAAACAAGAAGAGCUGGAAAGAUUGAAUAACAGAAAUGAAAAGCUCAGGGUGAAACUGAGAGAAGUUAAAGUGCACUAUAACAUGGCAAGGGGUGCAAUAAUCUCAAUAAACCGGAAAUGGUCAUGGGCUGAGGCUGAGCUGAGAAAGAAAGACGCUGAAAUGGAGAGAGUGCAGAAGGAGCUGAAGGACAGAUGUAAUCAGCUGCUUGACAUGUCUAACAAGUUUUCCAAUUUGAGAGAAAGGAACAAUCACACCAAAAUUAUGACAGAUCUUCAAAAAGAGAACAUCAGCUUACGCGAGCUUGUUGCUGAGCUACAGUCGGGGCAGACGGUAAAUAAUGAAGAGAUCGUAAAGCUGAAGACUGAGAUCAAUAAGCUGCAGCUUCACAUUACCGCUGAAGAUGUGAGGAAGAGGCAUCUUCAGGCUGAGUUUGACAAGGCCACUUCCCAGGGUGAAGUAAUGCAGCGUGAACUGCAGGAUUUACAAAUUGCACUGAAAUUCACUGGGACCAGGCUUGAACGAUUUAUCAGCAAGAUAGUACAAGCUGUCUACACCGCCCCAGGAAUUGUCCAACCCACAACGCAAAUUACUGACGAGGAUACUCUUGAGAUGUUCCAGGUAUGGAGUUUCAUUAAAUGCUCCCCCAUUUCAUCUGGUUCCUGUUUUUGGUACCUGCAGUGUUUCACACAAGAUGCACCAUGA